AGUUCUUGAAACUCAAAACUGAUUGGCUUCAAUGGAUUCAUAAGCUGCAUUUAUGGGAUUUGAUAGAUUGUCUAUAAAAGAAAAGUUGUGGUUAUGGAUUCUCGAGGUGAUAGUUCUAGGUUCGGGCAAUAUCCUACAAAGCCUUCUAGGAACAUGUCUUCAUCUUCAUCAGCUGCUUUCUUCUCAGCUAAUCAGUCUCCGUUUUUCUCACCAAGAUCUCCUAAAAUCCAACAAGAACUAUCUGAAUCUACUAGGUCUGAUGCUCAAUGUGAUAGCUUUGAUCCUCUUAGCUCCAGCUCUGGUUUUCAAGAACCUGAGCUUGCGUUUUUAACCGCACCUAAUCAAUGUCAGAGCCUCGAGGCUGCUGAUCGAAUCGCUUCGAGUAGUGUGAUCUCUUGCACUCCUUCUAGAUAUGGAAGAGGUCAUGAGUCUUCGUCGUAUACUCAGACAUCUUCUGUCUCUGUUUCUUAUAAUAGGUUGAGAUGUUGUGAUGUGUUUAUAGGAUUGUAUGGUCAGAAGCCGUCUUUGCUUCGGUUUGCGGAUUGGCUUAGAGCUGAGUUGGAGUUUCAAGGGAUGAGUUGUUUUAUGUCGGAUAGAGGGAGAUGUAGGAGUUCAAGGAAGCAGAGAAUAGUCGAGAGAGCGAUGGAUGGUGCAUCGUUCGGGGUUAUAAUUCUAACGAGAAAGGCGUUUAAGAAUCCUUACACGAUAGAGGAGCUACGGUUUUUCGCAAACAAGAAGAAUCUUGUUCCGGUUUUCUUUGAUCUUUCUCCUGGAGACUGUCUUGUGAGAGAUAUAGUUGAGAAGAGAGGAGAUUUGUGGGAGAAACAUGGAGGGGAAUUGUGGGUUUUGUAUGGAGGGAUUGAGAAAGAAUGGAAAGAGGCAGUUCACGGGUUAUCGCGGGUUGAUGAUUGGAAGCUUGAAGCUCAUGAAGGUAACUGGAGAGAUUGUGUUUUCAGGGCAGUUACUUUGUUGGCAAUGCGGUUAGGCAGGAGAAGUAUAGUGGAGCGGUUAACGAAAUGGCGGGAUAAAGCGGAGAAAGAGGAAUUUCCGUAUCCGCGGAAUGAGAAUUUUGUUGGGAGAAAGAAGGAGUUAUCUGAGCUAGAGUUUGUUUUAUUUGGAGAUGUUGCUGGAGAUUCGGAAAGGGAUUACUUUGAGCUAAAGGCAAGGCCGACAAGAAGGAAGAAGAACGUGACGCUCGGGUGGAAUAAAAGCGGUUCAGCGGAAGAAAGACGGAAGAAAGGCAAAGAGAAAGUUGUGUGGAAGGAGUCGGAGAAAGAGAUCGAGAUGCAAAGUACAGAGUUGCCCUCCCGGAGUCAAGUGAAAGUAGGGCGAAACACAAGGAGAAAACGGUCGAUGAAGAUUGUUUACGGGAAAGGCGUGGCUUGCAUCUCUGGUGAAUCAGGGAUUGGAAAAACUGAGCUGCUUCUUGAAUUUGCUUACCGGCAUCACCAGAGGUAUAAGAUGGUUCUUUGGAUAGGCGGCGAGAGCCGUUACAUAAGACAAAACUAUCUGAAUCUUUAUCAGUAUUUGGAAGUCGACAUCGGGAUAGAGAAUUCUUCUGAUAAAACGCGGAUGAAGAGCUUCGAAGAGCAAGAAGACGCUGCGGUUUCCAAAAUUAGAAAAGAGCUGAUGAGGAAUAUACCGUUCUUGGUUGUCAUCGAUAACUUGGAGAGUGAAAAAGACUGGUGGGAUUCAAAGCUCGUUAUGGAUCUUCUUCCUCGGUUUGGAGGCGGGACUCACAUUUUGAUAUCUACGCGUCUCUCCCAAGUUAUGAACAUGGAGCCAUUGAAACUCUCCUACCUCUCUGGUGCUGAAGCUAUGUCAUUGAUGCAGGGGAAUGUGAAAGAUUAUCCGGUUUCGGAAAUGGAUGCAUUGAGAACGAUUGAAGAUAAACUUGGGCGGUUAACGUUGGGAUUAGCAGUCGUAGGAGCAAUAUUGUCAGAGCUUCCUAUAAACCCGAGCCGGCUUUUGGAUACAAUAAACAGAAUGCCGUUAAGAGAGAUGGUAAGUAGUGGUCGGGACGGGAAUCUGUUGAGAAAAAACGCGUUUCUGUUGCAGCUGUUUGAAGUUUGUUUUUCGAUCUUUGAUCACGCGGAUGGACCGAGAAGUUUGGCUACGAGAAUGGUUGUUGCGAGUGGGUGGUUAGCUCCGGCACCAGUUCCAGCUUCUCUAUUAGCUUUGGCUGCUCAUAAACUCCCUGAGAAACACAGAGGCCCGAAGCGGCUAUGGAGAAGACUAAGACGAGCUAUAACCUGCGGUUUUACGUCUUCAAAGUCCAAACGAUCAGGAGCUGAAGCUGCUUCAAUGCUACUUAGAUUCAACAUUGCUCGAACCAGCAGCAUCAAGCUAGGGUUUAUACAAAUCCACGAGCUCGUGAAACUCUAUGCGAGAAACCGAGUACUGGUCAACGACAACGCACCCGCAAUGGUUCAGGCAGUGAUAAGCCGCGGGUCGACCGUUGAAACCGCAGAGCAGAUCUGGGCAGUUUGUUUCUUGCUGUUCGGUUUCAGCAACGAAUCUCCGACUAUUCAGCUCAAGAUAACAGAGCUGCUGAUUCUUGUGAAACAAGUAAUCUUGCCUCUUGCAAUCAGAACGUUCAUAUCAUUUUCGCGAUGCACCGCCGCAGUGGAGCUACUAAGAGUCUGCACAAACGCUCUUGAGGCAGCUGAUCAAACGCUAGUGACACCAGUAGAGAAAUGGCUAGACAAGUCGCUUUGUUGGAGACCAGUUCAGACAAGUGCACAACUAAACCCUAUUCUAUGGGAAGAACUUGCUCUAGCUCGAGCCACCGUGCUAGAGACUAGAGCUAAGCUGAUGUUACGAGGCGGGCAGUUCGGUUUGGCUGAUGAUCUGAUAAGAAAAGCAAUCUUUAUAAGAACUUCGAUCUCAGGAGAGGAUCAUCCUGGGACUGUGUCGGCUCGAGAGACAUUGAGUAAGUUAACGAGGCUUUUAUCCAAUGUUCAUCAGAUUCAUAACACUUCACCGUAAUAGAGAGAAGCUUUUAGGGCUUUCUUGUUGUAAAAGUUAUAAGGUUAGAGUUUCUUGUUUUUUUUUUUUUCAAUUAUCAUUAUUUUAGUCAUAAGAGUUAGGAUUAUACAGAAGCUUUAGUAAUAAAAACACUGUUAUGUAAGAAAUUUGUCAGAGAAUCCUUUUUUUUACACAGUAAAAUCUCUGAAUUUUC